AUGGGGGUAGAUGGGGUACCGAAUGAGGUGUGGAAGUAUGGUGGAGAGGGGUUAGAGGAAUGGGUAUGGAAAAUGUGUAAUGAGGUAUGGAAGGGGGAGGGAUGGCCGGAGUUAUGGAAAGAGGGAAUGGUAGUGCCAGUGAAGAAGAAAGGUCAGGGGAACGAUGUUAGGGAUUAUAGAGGGAUUUCAAUUAUGCCGACGUUAUACAAGGUGUACACAGCGGUGUUGGCGGAAAGGUUGAGGGAGGAAAUAGAAGGAAAAGGUAUGAUUCCACCGAAUCAAACGGGGUUUAGGAAAGGGUUGGGAACUUUAGAUAAUAUUUAUGUGAUAAAUUAUUUGGUGGACAGGUAG